AUGAUGGAGCACUAUUCCUCCCACUGAUACCAACGAUGGGGCACUAUUCCUCCCCCCCACUGACACGACGUUGGGGCACUAUUCCUCCCCCCACCACUGACACCAACGAUUGGGGCACUAUUCCUCCCCCCCCACUGACACCAACGAUGGGGCACUAUUCCUCCCCCCCACUGACACCAACGAUGGGGCACUAUUCCUCCCCCCCCACUGACACCAACGAUGGGGCACUAUUCCUCCCCCCCACUGACAUCAACGAUGGGGCACUAUUUCCCCCCCCCCACUGACACCAAUGAUGGGGCACUAUUCCACCCCCCACUGACACCAAUGAUGGGACACCAUUCCUCCCACU